AUCCGUAUCUGCGGCGCAGUCACAUUGACCAAACUUGGUAGCCUGUCGUCGUCCCUUUCCAAGGCAAACAUCAGAUCUUUACCUUUUUAUUCUAUUUCAUUUUUUGUUGUUCCGGAUUCUGAGGCUAAGUCAGCCUUGCACGCUUACGAAGGGCUUUGAUAGAAGCACCAAUUCAACAAAACCAAGGAAAACCCACAGACCGAACAGCGAGCGGAGCCGAUUCUUGACCACGCAUGCUCUAGGCCCUCUCGCCUUGCCCUCUUCCGGGGCCAGUGAUGAUGCCUAGGUUACGGCUUGGCUAGCACUCGCUUCGAAUGUGUUGGCGUGUUGGCGCGCCGACUGAGUCGAGUUUGUCUGCGGGUGCGGGUGCGAGUGCGAGUACGACUACGACGGCCAUUGCGAUCGCGAUCUGGAAGAACAAGCCCUCGAGCCGGUGUCCGCUGCCAUACGCGCCAACAUGAAUAACAACGAGCCGCUGUCUCCCCGCCGAGCCCCUCCUACCUCGGCGCCUUCUCCGCAGUCCAUUCCCCUGCAAGAACUCCAGCGCUCACGCGAGGACCCUGCUAAUGCGGGCCAUGGAGGCGGCCUCGGUAGCGGCGGGACGGCCCAUGGGGGAUCCGGAGAGGCACCAUCGCCAAUCGCCAUGUCAGCCAACCUUCCGGGCUUCUCGUCCUACUGGGAGAACCCGUACCUGCCCGGAAACGAUGCCGGUGGCACCAGCGGCGACGUCUCGCCCAUUGACCACAUGGCGUUGCAGUUCGCCCUUCCCCCAGACAUUGGCCAGCAGCCGAUAUCCUCCUCGGCUCCUCAGUACAUGAUCUCGCCCGAUGAUCCAUACGGUGCCCCUCAAACAGAUUACGAGGAACGGACUGAUUCGGAUUCCAUGGAGUCGGAUAGUGUACCCCUGAAACCGGCAGCUCAGCCCAUCAGCCGCCUAGAGCCGCCUGAGGGCGAGGCGACACCCCGUAACAGUUUUCAGACCAUCUCGGACCUAGGCAAUACGCCUUCUCAGUCGCGGAAUACGCAGAUGCUCGGUUUUGACUUGGAGCCGGGAUUGUCGGACCGCCAUCGCAGCUACGGGGACACGCUCUCGCCGACAGACGGCCGCCGGCCCCGGUCUCCAUCGACAAGCGGUGCCUUGCACCGGGCGGGCACCAUUAUGAGGGCCAUGUCCCAACGGGUAGUCAUGAUUAGUGGAGAGGGCGACCUCGUUGACCAAGCAGUCCGCCGGGACCGAUCACGCUCGCCUAGUAUCGAUGGACGUCGACCUAGUCUUCUUUCCGGGCCGGUGCUUGUGGACACUUCCUACCCUUCACAGACUCAGCUGCCACCAGAGAAGGGCCCUGAUCCCUCGGAGCUCCCCGUUCCUACGCCUCGUCGGUCUGGGCGCCUUCCGAACCCCCUGAGGGGAAAAUCUCUGGGGAUAUUCCCUCCAGAUAGCCCAUUGAGGAAAUGGCUUUGCGAUAUCCUGGUCAACCCCUGGACAGAGCCCUUCAUUUUAUUGCUCAUCGUUGCCCAGACCGUGCUCCUGGCUGUUGAGGCCGCGCCAGAUGUCUUCGACCCUGGGAACGAGAGACCAGAACGCUGGGGCGGCACUCGGAUCGACUGGGCCAUCCUCGGCCUUUUUAUCGUGUUCACCCUUGAAAUCAUAGCAAGGAUCAUAGUGUCCGGCUUCAUUAUUAACGCUGAGGACUACGCACCAGCCCAAAGCAAGCGUCGGAUUAGAGAACGGGUGGCUGAGCAGUACCACGCAAUCUUUAGGCCGCAACGACAGAAAUCGGUCCGACAACCGCGGCAGGAAAACCAGUUUGUGCCCACCACGUUCGCGAGAUCAUUCACCAUGAUGCAAGGCCUUGGCGGCCCAGGCACGCUGGAGGAACAGCAGCGGCUCCAUCUUGCACGUAGGGCAUUUCUGCGUCACGGCUUCAACCGGUUGGACUUCAUCGCCGUUGUAUCCUUCUGGCUGUCCUUCAUCCUUUCUCUUGCCGGUUGGGAGAGCAGGCACUCCAUAUAUGUGUUCCGCAUGCUCAGCUGCCUCCGUAUUAUCCGACUGCUUGCCCUCACAAAAGGUAAUCUUAUUAUCCUCAGGAGUCUCAAGAAGUCGGCACCGCUCCUCGUCAGAGUCUCGUUCCUGAUGGGUUUCUUCUGGCUCAUCUUUGCCAUCAUUGGGGUGCAAAGUUUCAAGUCGAGCCUCAGCCGCCAGUGCACCUGGCUUGACCCACAGGAUCCUACUAACUUCACUGCUGCUUACACGCCAAGUAUGUCAUUUUGUGGAGGCCACAUAAACGAUACCACGGGCAAGCGAGACCCUUGGGUGUCCUCGCCGAGCAAGAAUCUGUCCCCUGAGUUCCUCAUUCCCGGGGCCCCGAGUGCCAAGGGCUUCAUAUGCCCUCGAGGCUCCAUCUGCCUCCAGCAGGACAAUCCGUACAACGGCACUGUGAACUUUGACGACAUUGGGCACUCCCUCGAGCUGGUUUUCGUCAUCAUGAGUGCCAAUACAUUUUCCGAUUUGAUGUACUACACUGUGAGCUCCGAUUUUCUGCCGGCUGCGCUGUUUUUCGGCGCCGGUAUCAUAAUCAUGAUGCUGUGGAUGACCAACUUGUUGAUCGCCGUCAUCACCUCAUCCUUCCAAGUCAUCCGAGAAGAAUCCAAGGCCAGCGCUUUCACAGCCGACGACCAUUCAGUCUUCGGGCCACAAGUGGACCAGCUCCAGCGGCGCAAGUCGACGUUGCAGCGGAUAGCCAGCAAGACUUAUUGGUUCUGGAUCAUCAUCAUUACGUUCGGGCUUUUGUGUCAGUCCCUACGGAGCGCCACCAUGAAGAGCAACAGGGAAGACUUCAUCAAUGCUUCCGAGAUUGUGGUCACGGCUCUCCUGGAUAUUGAAAUUGCCAUACGGCUUCUGACAGAGUUUCGAGUGUUCCACCGCAACUUCCGCAACCUGUUCGACCUUUUCCUCGCCGUCAUCACCACAAUCAUUCUCCUUCCACCGAUCCGCAACUCGGGAGAUGCAUAUAAUUGGCUUACCAUCUUCCAAAUCCUCCGGGCGUAUCGCGUUGUCCUUGCCGUGCCCAUGACGAGGAGAUUGAUUCAGCUUGUAUUGGGAAACGUGACCGGUAUCGGAAACCUAAUGCUUUUUGUCUUUCUGAUCACGUUCCUCAUGGCGAUAUUCGCCUCACAAUUGUUUCGAGGCCAGAUACCGCCCGAGGACGCAGACGGCGAGUGGAUCAGGAUUCCCUUCAACACCAUCUACAACUCCUUCCUCGGCAUGUACCAAGUGCUUUCGAGCGAGAACUGGACCGAGAUUCUCUACAACAUCACGGCCUACACCAGCAAUUACGGCACUUCCUGGAUGGGCGCCGUCUUUAUCAUCGGCUGGUUUAUUCUGUCCUACUUCAUUCUCAUCAACAUGUUCAUUGCCGUAAUUCAGGAAAACUUCGAUGUGGGAGAGGACACGAAGCGCUUGGAGCAGGUUAAGGCGUUUCUGCAGCGCAGGGAGCUAGGAGGCGCCUCUAACCUUGCCUUGUCCAAAGUCUUCGGCUUUGGCAGAUCCCGCUAUCGAGGAGACCCGGUCGAUCAGACCACCGGAAUGAUAGACAUGCUCUUCAAAGAGGGGUUUGUACGCGAGUUCUUGGACGAGGCGCUGGAUCCUCUCCAAGAGGACACAUCGGGCAACCAGUCGCCGUCACAGUCGGGUGCAAAAAGUGGCGGCAAGCACGGGCUCCUCUCCUAUGCAAGGGAGAAAGUGCUUUCGCUCGUUUACGGUCGGGAGCCAAACCCCUUCUACUCCAACGUUCGGUUCGGUAUGCAGAGUGCCGCGCUGGAUCCCGGGGAUUUGGCCCGCCAAGCCGUCAGUGCUUCCGCAGCUCGCCGCAAGGCACAACGCGAGUACCUAAUGCGCCAUCCAAACUACAACGUUUCCCUGUUCAUUUUCAAACCCCGCAACCGCCUUCGACGUCUUUGUCAGAAGCUAGUAGGCCCUGGUCGGGGCACCGAACGCUUCGAUGGCGUUCCGCCCAACAAGGCCGCCUGGUACACUUUCUCGUGCCUCAUCUACGCCGCCAUCGUCGCCAUGGUCGUACUCGCCUGCGUGACUACGCCGCUGUACCAGAAGGAGUACUAUGACAAAAACGGCUACAGCACACUCAACUGGUUCGUCUGGACCGACUUGGCUUUCGCGAUUGUUUUUACGCUUGAGGCCCUCAUCAAGAUUAUCGCCGAUGGGUUCCUCUGGACGCCAAACGCCUACUUCCGGAGCACAUGGGGCAUCAUUGAUGCUAUCGUUCUGAUUACUCUCUGGAUCAAUGUCAUCACCCUCUUCACCAACGACGGAGAAGUGUCCCGAGCCGUUGGCGCCUUCAAGGCGUUGAGGGCACUGCGCCUCCUCAACGUCAGCGACAGUGCCAGGGAAACCUUCCACUCGCUUCUGAUCGUUGGCGGCUGGAAGAUUCUGAGUGCUGCCUUCGUUUCCAUGGCUUUGCUGAUCCCCUUUGCUAUUUACGGCGUCAACCUCUUCAACGGGAAGUUGACGUCGUGCAAUGACGGAGCGGGCAUUGUGAGCCUCAGUGACUGUGUCGGGGAGUACAACAGCACCCCUUACAACAACGACUGGCCGAUGUUGGCUCCGAGGGUCGCAUCGAAUCCCUUCUUUAAUUUUGACGACUUUGGGUCAUCCCUCUUCAUCCUCUUCCAGAUCGUGAGCCAGGAGGGUUGGGUGGAUGUGUCAUUCGCUGCACAGGCCAUCACUGGAAAAGGCCUCCAACCGCAGGAGGCUCCGCCUUUCGCUGCCAAAGGAAACGCCAUCUUCUUCGUCGUGUUCAAUCUCCUCGCGACCGUCUUCGUGCUCACCUUGUUCAUCUCCGUGUUCAUGAGGAAUUAUACGGAACAGACUGGGGUGGCUUUUUUAACUGCCGAGCAGCGGUCCUGGCUGGAGCUUCGGAAGCUACUUCGCCAGAUCUCCCCGUCCAAAAGCGCAUACGACGAAUCCAAGAACAAGUGGAAGAUGUGGUGCCACAAGCGGGCAAUCGAGAAGCGCGGCAAGUGGUACCUGGCCAUCACGAGUGUUCUUGUCUUUCACCUGGUUCUACUUCUCAGCGAAUUCUACAAUGAGCCGGCCUGGUGGACGCAUGUCAAGGACUCGCUUUUCCUCGUUUUUACCCUCAUCUACAUUGCAAACAUCGCCGUGCGUAUCGUCGGCCUUGGCUGGACGCGGUUCCGGAGGAGCUCGUGGGACCUGUUUUCUCUGGUUGCUGUCACUGGCACAUUGGUCACGUCGAUCGUGUUUCUGACGAACCGGACGAACAACACAUACAUUCAAUUGCACAAGUACUUUCUGGUCGCGCUCGUACUCCUACUCAUUCCGCGCAACGACGCGCUCGAUCAGCUCUUCAAGACGGCGGCGGCCAGUCUGACGACGAUUGGCAGCUUGCUUGCAACCUGGCUUGUCUUUUUCCUGGUAUUCGCCAUCGCGCUGACACAGACGUUCAGUCUCACACGGUUCGGACAGGGAGAAGAUGCCAACAUAAAUUUCCGCACCGUGCCGCACGCACUCAUCUUGCUUUUCCGGUUCAGCUGCGGAGAGGGCUGGAACGAGAUCAUGGAAGAUUUUGCCCAGAUCAAGCCCCCGUUCUGCGUGGAGGGUGAGACGUUCUACAAGAGUGACUGCGGCAGCACCGCGUGGGCUAGGGUCCUGUUCGUCGCUUGGAACAUCAUCAGCAUGUACCUGUUCGUCAGCUUGUUCGUCUCGCUCAUCUACGAGAGUUUCUCGUACGUGUACCAGCGCACGAGCGGGCUGGCUGCGGUCGACCGGGACGAGAUCCGGCGGUUCAAGGAGGCGUGGCGCAGCGUCGAUCCGUCUGGGACCGGGUUCAUCAGCAAAGAGGCGUUUCCCCGGCUGUUGGGCGAGCUCUCUGGCGUGUUUGAGAUGCGCAUCUACGACGCUGACGAUUCGGUGCGGACGAUCCUCGAAGACGUGCGCAACGACGGUGGUGACGGAGACGCGGCCAGCAUUCGGCACGCCUCAAUUCUCAGCAGAAGCCAGUUCCAGACGGGCAUUGACCUGAAGAAGCUGAACCAGCGCCUGUCCAGGAUUGAUGUUGCCAAGGUCCGCGAGCGCCGGCGGCGCUUCAAUAUCUUUUUUGAAGAGGUCAUGGUAUCCGCUGACCCGGAGCGGGGAAUCUCGUUCACGACGGUGCUGAUGAUUUUGGCCCACUACAACAUCAUCAACGACCACAAGAGUCUACGGCUCGAGGAAUUCCUGCGUCGCAAGCUGCGGCUGCAGCGCGUCGAGGAAGAGGUUCGGCGGCGGACCGUGCUGGGCUUCUUUGACAUGCUCUACUACUCGCGGCAGUUCAAGCGCCACAUGGAAAGCAAGCGGGCCGCGCGCAUGACGGCAAUUCCGCAACUGGACGUACCCGAGAUCCUAGUGGACAACAGCGAGGAGCAGCAGCAGCAGCAGAAAGAUAGAGAACGGGAGCGGGCGGCGGGUCGCGGGAGGGCCAAAUCGACAACGGGCGUCGCCACCGAGUCUGGCAGCAGCCUGCUCUCGCCGACGAGCAGUCUACACCGCUCGCAGCAGCGCCCCCACCACAAGAGCUGGUCCGGCCUCGGCCUCGGCGCCGGCGCCGACCUCUCGUCGUACGAUACUUCGUACGGCCACCCGCUUGCGGGGCCGCGGACCUCUUCCGCCUCGGCUUCGCCGGCCGCGCCCAGCCAGCACCGUAGCAACCACCAUAUCAGCGCCUUUAGCUUCGAGCUACCGCCGAUUCUGCCGGAGGAAGCCUCCUCCAACGACGACGAGGCCACGGCGACGCUGGACCGCCGCGGCAGCGCAGUUGACGCGGCUGUCGUCAGGGACAUGCUGGACGACUCGGUGUGGGUUGAGAGCCUUAGGCGCAGCGCGACCAUGCGGAGGAGCGGGACCAUGCGCAGGAGCGGAUGGGGAGGCACCUCUCCGGGGGGUUUCAAGUGACAUGGUUUCAUUGAAUCACUCACCUUGGUGUACUACUGUACAAUUGCUAGGCUAUGCUAUGCUACGGCAGUGGCAUGAUUUUUGACUUCUGGGGAGUGGGGAUUUGCACUUUCAUGGCUACAGGGCAAAACCAUCCAUGGAGUUUUUGGUGGUUUGAUACUUUGGAUUUCUGGCGUCAUGAGCGAGGAUAAAGGCAUGGACGGGCACCAAUGCAUUGAUACUAGCAAAGUAGUUACUUGAUGUUUGUGUUUGGUCUAAGCAGGGUGUGGUGGGGAGGAGAAGUGGUGGUUGGUUUUACUACGAUUCGGGCCUCUUGUACUCCGUAGUGUUUUCACCCCCUAUUUUGUCUACUGUACUCCGUAAUGUAUGUACAAUACCUAGACCUAUACCAGGGAUUUGGGUCUGU